AUGAACGAGAUUCGAGAAAAAAAUACUGCUGGCGAAGUUUUUGCCCUUGCUCAUAAAUAUGAUCAGAGUUUAAAUAUUAAGGCAAUGGAAUUUGUGUUAAGAGAAAAAUUUAGAGAUAAGAAAUUACGAGAAAAACUUUUGGAUACUGGUAGACUACCCCUG